GCACUGCAUAAGAAUGGAUACCCUCAUGGUUGUGUUAUGUAUCUGUAUCUGUGUCUGUGUCUGUGUCGUGUCUGUUUCUAGUGUCUCCUGUGCUACCCUUGGCGCCUCGGGAAUUGAAUUCCGAUGGGGUUGAGGUCAUUUCCCCGUGCUGAGGGGCGCUUCUCCAUCCAGUUCUGCCUCCUCUCCAUAUCUAGCUCCCUCCAAUCCAGCAUAUGGACUUCCCCUGUGACCUCAUCUCAUCUCAAUUCAACUGGUGUUGCCUGGCCCGGAAUUCAAUGUGGGACCAGAUCCGGGAUUGCAUCUCCGUGCAAAGCAUUUCUACUGACUUCAUCCCAGUUCGUCUUCAUCACCGACAACCUGUCUGACAUUCACUAUGGGAUCCAACGGUCACAACUCUGCCAUGUAUAACCGGCUCUUUCACAUCGACUCGAUCCAUGUGGAUGACUUCAAGAGAGUCUGCUCGCAGACCACCAACCCAGGCAGCUACCCGUUGGCUGCCACGGUGGAGAAGAACAUUCCCAUCUAUGAUGCCACCACGUUUGACCCUCUCAACCUUGAGACCACCCCCGCCCUUCAAUCGGAAUGGCACCACAUCCUUGAAUCCGGUCCGGGCAUCUUCGUGCUGAAAGGCAUGUACCAUCCCUCCCGGUACGCCGACACGCUGGCCGCCACCAACACGGCUUUUCAACACAUUAUCGACAAAGAACGCCAAUCCCUUCUGGGGCCCAAGGGUGACCACUUUGCUGCCAGCGGCAAAAACGACCGCAUCUGGAACUCUUUCAGCAAGCACGCCUUUGUUGAUUCCUCCUCCUUCAUUCAUUACUAUAGCAACCCGUGGCUCCGUACCGUCAGUGAAAGCUGGCUGGGCCCGGCCUACCGCGUCACCGCCCAAGUCAACAUUGUCAAGCCCGGCGGUGCCGCCCAAGAGAGCCACCGCGACUACCACCUCGGAUUUCAGGAGCUGGACCGCUGCGCGGCCUUCCCACGGAGUAUUCAAUUGGCCAGUCAGUACCUGACGCUGCAGGGGGCCGUGGCGCACAGCGACAUGCCGGUGGAGAGUGGCCCGACGCGAUUCUUGCCAUUCAGCCAGACGUAUGAGCCGGGGUAUCUGGCGUGGCGACGGGAUGAGUUCCGGGCGUUUUUCAAGGAGCAGUAUGUGGCGUUGCCGUUAGAGUUGGGGGAUGGGGUGUUCUUCAAUCCGGCUGUGUUUCAUGCGGCGGGGGCGAAUGGCAUGGAUGAGAGCACGGACUUUCAGCGCAAGGCCAAUCUGUUGCAGAUUGGGUGUGCUCUGGGCAAGACGAUGGAGCAUAUUGAUGCGGUGCCGGUGGUGGAGAAGUGCUGGGACGAGGUGCGCGAGAUAUAUCAGAGGGAUGGGCUGAGUGCCGAGUUGGAGGCGUGGGUGGCUGCGGUGGCAGAUGGGUAUCCGUUUCCAUCGAACCUGGAUCGAAGACCGCCAGCACCGAGUGGAAUGGCGCCGGAGAGUGAGCAGGAGAUGGUGCUCCGGGGGUUGCAGGAGGGCUGGAAUAGGGAGAAGAUUGGGGAGGAGUUGCGGGGGCUGCAGCGAGAGGGGAGAGGACAUCAGGAGGUGUAGUACAGUUAGUCACAUUCUAGUGCAUGUUGGCUUCAAGCCUCUUAUUCUGUCUCCAAUGGCUACGUUGUAUAGAUUGUAUAGCAGACUUGAUGUUGAGGAAGAGUGGCAGUUAUGGAAACACGAUGGGAGCAUCGACAUGACUAUAUUCUGAGUGAGACUUGUCAUUAUAUUUCCUUUAUCUGAACUGUUGCCGACAAAUGACUGGCAUCUGCCA